CCUAAAAUUCACCAAAUUUUAAUGUUUUGAAAGGUUCAAAAUUUUGACAAUCGAAUGACAGGCAACUAGUCAUACAUAGAAAUUGCAAUGUUACUGCCAUCUAAUCGAAGUGUCUUAUGACUGGUUAUGACAGACGGGCGCUAUGGGAACACAUUUGUUUUCUAAACUUCUUUUCAGACAAAUUGUCUUUUGUGUGUGCACGCUUUUUGGCAACUCCGAGUUUUUUUUAUUCAAAACAUUGCUAUUUUUCUAAAUUUUUGUUGACAAACAUGGAUAACUUUGAACCGUUUUGCUACCAUUGUAAAGAAGUCUUCGAACAUGAGUGGGGCCCGAUUAAAACGUGCGACUACACACACCAACUUCUGUGUGCGGUGACCGAGACAAAAUGCUUGUGUAUUUUUGAAGAUAGAGAGUCUGAGCCGGUUAUAGAGUACGUUUGUGGCUUAAAAGGACGCCUUGACUUCGUUAAAUACCUUCAUGACCAUCGUCUUAUUUUUGUUGCCUCAAAGUUCGAAUUGAUGACCCUACAGAAGGAUAAUAUGCAGCGGGACACUUACCUUGAGACUGAUCUUGACAUUAAGGCCAUUGAGUGGAGCUUCACUGAGGCAAGCUUCAUUGUAUGGAACAAAAAGGAAAAUGAAAUUGUUUCCUUUGGAUUUGGGGACCAUAGAUUCACUCUCCUCUCUAGAAUCAGUUUAGAUACUCCAAUACCAGUGUCAGGAGUGGUAGAAGUUGGGUCACAACAUGCACAGUCUCAAGGAGCAAGCGCCAUGAUGCAUACUAAAGAUAUGGCAACAAACACUCCACCAAAAAUAAUACACAGUAAUGAUGGUAGUGAUGACAUCCCGCUCUUACCAUAGAGAGGCACGAUUGGAUGAUGCUGAACAUCAAAUCAAACAGACUCUUGAUUACUUACAGAGGACCAGAUCAUCUACAACGAUCCACCUUCCAUCGCAUGGAGUCUCUCCGGCUGGGUUGUCAACUUUUCCAGAAAUAGGAAGCGCUUGAUUAGAGUGUAUAGUAAUCAUAUGGAGCCUGUCUUCGAGAGCGAGCCGUCUCUGAACUUGGGACCGACUGCUUCAUUCACGUUCCAUGGGAUGAGUCUUGCCUGCUGUGCAAUUGAGCUAGGGUGUAACAAGAUUGUGAUUUUUGAUAAAUACGGUAGAAUCAAGGAGGAGUUCUUUGUACCACAAACUAAGGGCAUAAUAAAAAAAGUGCGAUUUCAUCCGGAACCAACUAUGCUGGCAGUAGUCAGUGAAGAUGCACCAGAAAGAGAACAGUACAUUACCCUGUACUUUAAGAGCAACAACAGGUGGUACCUGAAGCAAGAAUUGUUCUACCCCAAUGGAAUCAAGAUUUACGAUGUAUUCUGGCAAAGUGAUGUAUUUAAUGUUUCGAAACUAAUAGUCGUUACGGAUAAGUAUGUAGAAUGGCACACUUUCAGAGUCGUGAUACACCGAUCGCCACAUGACGCUACUAUGGUAGUUGUAGAUGGCAGGUAUAUAGAAUUCAACAAGUUUGAUGUUUCCAUUAAGCCCCCACCAUGUUUUUAUAACCGUUUGGAGCACAUCAGACCGAUAAACCAGAUCCACUUCAACCCCAUUUUGAAGCAGUGUCUCGUAAUAGACUCGCAUUGCCAGACACAAGUUUUCGACUAUUCCGGUAGGUUUGUUAUCCCAGCGUAUCUAUCUAUAAAUCCAAGUCUUACAUCUCUUGCGAACGUAGCUGCUGUCCACUGGAUUGACGUGUGUGCAGUUGAAAUCAUCAUUGAAGCCAACAUCGAGUCCAAAAUCACAAACGAAAAUAACGGAUUCGAACAGACUUACAUCAUUAAGAAUUGUAACGCUGGAAAACGCGGAUUUCCAUACCGAAUUUCUGAUAGUCUCGCGCCGAAACAUACAGAAUUGCUAGCUCGGAAUGUUAUACGUAAAGACGAUUACGGCAUGCUAACAGCGUUUGGGGUUAUCACCUACCAGUUUUCGCACACUUCUACGAGAGAGUUAUUUGUCGAAGGGAAGUUAAUUUGCAAAGAUGUAACAUCUUACUGUAUAUACAAGAAGUAUCUAUUCUUUACUCAUAUGACUUCGAACAUGUACACCAUUCGACUAACGAAUGCGGCGACUUUUGAACAUGAGCUCAACUUGGAGAGGUGCUAUAAAAGACCGAUAGCACAAGGCCUGCGAAUUCUAACAGUAACAGAUCGCUUAAUCCCGUUAGUUGUGCUAACCCAUCCUAGAGGCAAUUUGGAGUCUAUAGCAAGUGCUAUGGUGGCAAUAGACCUUGUUGACGAAAUGCUGAAAGCCCAUCAAUGGGGUGAAGCUUUGCAAUUGAUGAGAGAUCAAAGAAUCAAUUGGAAUGUCCUCAUAGAACUGAAUCCAGACCGAUUCCAAGUUUGUAUUCAAGAAUUUCUGAACGCUGUUGGUACAGAAAGCUUUUUAAUAUCGAUUGUGCAAGAUUUCGAUCCGUACAGAGUCACUUUGAAUACAACUUAUAAAAAUCUUCUACAGAGUAAAGUUGAGGUGACCUCCGAAGAAAAAAUUAAAAUUAUAGAAGAUAUUUUGAGACAUCUCAUAUUCAGCAAUCCUGUCGCUAAUUUUUUCGCUAUCGUUGCCAUACAAUUGAAACAUAUAUCAUUACUGUCAGCUGUGAAAUCUGUCCAGAGAUUAUACUAUAGGAAUUAUAGAAAGUUCUCAGAAAUGUGCCGUCGAGCUAUUACAAGCAUGCUAGAUACAGCAGAUGUAAAAGAUAUCAUAGACGUAGCGUACAAUCUUUACGAUUCAGAAUUCGUGCUGUUCGUUUACCAAUGCACCAAUGAAGACCCUAAAGUUUACGAGAGGGAGGUACGGGAUUUGGAACAAUAUAUGGAUGACGUUUCCAUUCUACGGUUUCAUAUGUGUAUAAAAGGUCACAACCCAAAAGGCGCAAUAAAGUACAUGUUACGGUAUGACGGAUUUGAUGAAGCGCUUGUUGAAAAAUUCAUAUUUCAUAACGACCUGCAGAAGGAAGCAUACAAAACCGUUGACCCGUGCCAUCGGAACUACUUUCUCAUUAUCAGACUCUAUGCGCAAAGCCUUUCAAGAAAGCGCAAGUUUCAAGAGGCAGCUGUCGUCUACAUGAAUGCUGGACUAUAUAAAGAGGCGAUAGAAGAAUGUAGACUUGGUUUAGACUGGAGAGAGGUCAUAAGGCUCAUGACUGUGUUGAAUUAUGAUGAAUCUGUCAAGCGAGAUGUAUUGGGGAAGAUUGCGGAUGACCUGAUAAAAGAGAAAAGGGUAGAGGAAGCUGUGAUAGUGUUGGAACACCAUAAGAAAGAUUAUAAGAAGACGAUCAAGACUUUGAUGGAGUUCAAGUCCUUCAGGCACGCCAUAUGCCUAGCAGUAUCGCUGGGUCUUGAUUUAGAACUACGUAAGUAAUUUUUGUUUUUAUAUUGAUAUAAAGUUCCUAUACAUGGUGUCCGAUUCAAUUCUCCCCACCAGACAAAAAUGUUCGACAGUACAGUUGUGAGGUUUAUGGGGAUCACUCAAGGGUGAUCUUGUCGACGAUCCUCAAGGUCAAGUCAAAUUCAAAAAAAAAAUAUCUCAUUUCUAUACUGGAAUGGAAAAAGUAGGGAAUUUUACAUUCAAAUGACCUCAAACAACAUUUAAGCUUGACUUAAAGGUUACAUUCGCUAUUUGCAUUUUCAGUAUGGAAAUUUUGACUUGACCUGAAAGACAUGGUCAAGGUCACAUUUUGGUGAUACCCACAAAUCUCAUAACUGUGCUGUCGAAUAUUUUGUUAGAGCAAAUUGGUUUCGAUGUCAUGGUUUGACCAUGAAAUGACCUUGGAGGCAAUGGUCAAGUUCGUGUCGUGGCCAAGGUGAGCUUCAGAUGUAAUAUUUGCACCUAUUUUCAAUUCCGAUGUGAAAAUUUAAAAAUAUUCACUUAACGUUAAAAUGACCUCAAAGGUCAUUGUCAACAUCACCAUCAUUUUGCUCAUCGAAAUGCACAGUUUUUGAAAUAUCUAGGUGGGGAGAUUGAAAUGAGACAACGUGUUUUACAAGCAAUUUAAAAUUGCUCAUUACCUGACUUACGGUUCUUUCAAUCAGGAUUUGCUUAGGCCUCAUAGGACCCCUUGUAUACUAUUUCUAUUUCAAACUGACUCAGCUAAAAACUCAAGUUGGUUGUAUAUACAGGAUGUUCAUAUGAAAACUUUCCAUCACAGAUUUAUUGAAAACCACUGAUUAGAAGAAAAAAACGCCGAGACACGUCAAAAGAUUUGUCAAGGGGGACAUCUUUUUAACCAAAAACUACUUCAUCCACUUUUGACCUCGCCCCCCAGGGUCAUUCACUUGAAAUUUUAAAUGGCAAGGGGUAUCGAGUAAAAGCUUGUUUGAAAGGUCUCUCGAAGUCGAAAAAUAUUUAGCUCAAUUUGUUCAGAUAAAAAACAAAAACACACGAAAAUAUCACUUUUUAUUUCAAUAAGUGUUUAAACUACUGCCAAAUCUACAAUUUGAUCAUAAUUUAAAACGGAAACUA